AACCUCCAGGCAUGUUUACAAAAUCACAUGUGAUAGAAAAUAACGUUGAUCAUCUGGACGUGUGUUUUGAUUGAAAAAUGCACAGUUUAGCGAAUAAGUUCGUCAGAAUAAUAAAAAUACGUGCCAAUUUGUCAAUAGUUAGGUGCAUCAACCAUUCAAGAUCUUCUGGCGGACAAGAAAAAAUCAGAAACAUCGGCAUUCUAGCUCACAUAGAUGCUGGUAAAACCACUACAACAGAGCGGAUGCUGUACUUCUCUGGUCGUAUACCCACAAUGGGCGAAGUUCAUGAUGGCAACACAGUAACAGACUAUCUGGCACAAGAAAGAGAUAGAGGUAUCACAAUUACGUCUGCCUUUGUGGAUUUAAAGUGGAGGGGUCAUACAAUUAAUCUUGUCGAUACGCCUGGGCACAUUGACUUCACUAUGGAAGUCGAACAUGCUUUGAAUGUUAUCGAUUCAGCCAUAAUUAUUUUGGACUCAACAGCAGGUGUCGAGGCACAAACUGUUACCGUUUGGAGGCAAGCCCAGGCCCAGCGAUUGCCUUGUUUAUUGUAUAUAAAUAAAAUGGAUAGACCAAGUGCAAAUGUCGAUUUAUGUUUGCAAACUUUACAGACAAAAUUAUUAUGCAAGCCAUUCCUUCUUCAUAUUCCGAUUAUAGGAAAAAUGGGAUUCGAAGGUAUAAUCGAUUUACCUUCUUUUGAAAAAAUUAUCUGGGCUAAAAAUGGCAAGGAAAAAGAGAGGCAGCUAUUGAAUAAGACAGAUGGUCAAUAUGACUUUGCUUUAGAGGCCAGGCUGGAAUUGAUUGAUAGGUUAUCUUCAAUAGAUGAUAAACUAGCAGAUUCAAUAUUGGAAGCAGGUUCUUUAGAAACAGUUACCAAAGAUGAAUUAACUGCCGCAAUAAAACGAAUUACAAACCAAAGGAAAGGAGUUCCAGUAAUUUGUGGUAGUUCUUACAAAAACAUCGGAAUUGAAACGAUGCUAGAUUCUGUUAUAGACUAUUUACCAUCACCAGUAGAUUCUUCCAGUGUUUUCUGCCCCUCGAAUAUAAGUAAAGAAACACUAGCACGGUCAUUUAAAAUUAUACACGAUAAACAAAGAGGGGCUAUAGUUUUCUUUAGAGUAUAUUCGGGUGAGUUGCAGAAGGGACAAAAAAUUUACAAUGUGAGUAAGAAGAUGCAAGAACAUAUUGGAAAGAUACUUGUACCAUUUGCUGACGAUUUUGAAGAGAUACCUGUAGCUAGUGCUGGUCAAUUUGUAGCUGUCACUGGAGUUAAAGAUGUAUUGACUGGUGAUUUUAUAUCUACAUCACAAAGCAGUUUGAAAAAAAUUCAAGAUAGUUUAGAAAAGAAUAAUUCCUUGACAAAGGAAGAAGCAGAGAGACUUCUAGAUAGCAGGCAUAAUAUUCCUGAACCUGUAUUCUUUUGUUCAAUAGAACCACCAUCUCAGGCCUACCAUCAGGCCUUGGAAAAUGCAUUAAACGAGCUGCAAAGGGAGGACCCCAGUCUGCGUGUCACUUUCGAUGAGCAUACUGGGCAAACCAUACUUGCUGGAAUGGGUGAAUUGCAUUUAGAAGUUAUAAAGGAUCGUAUCAAAUCAAAUUACAAAAUUGAUGCAGAGUUAGGAGUGAUUCAAAUUGUUUAUAAGGAAGAGUUCUGUUCUACUGUAAAACAUACUGUCACUCUAAAAAAUGCACUUGGUUCACACGAGCAAAAUAUUUUAAUCACCAUGUCUUUGAAACCAGGGGCUAGGAAAGAAUUAUUGCAAUUGGACAUGACAGGCGAGUCGGGUUCUAAUUUGGCUCAUUUAUCACCGAAAGUUUUUAGAAAAUUAAAAAAUGGCAUUAUAUCUUCCUUAACACGGGGACCAUUAUAUUCAAGUGAGGUAGUUAAUGUUCAUGUUAUUUUACAUUGGUUCGAGGCACAUAGAUGUACUCCUGAACCAUUGAUAGUCGCAGCAGCUGCUCAGUGCAUCCAAGAGAUAUUGAAGCAGGGUGAAGUUCGCUUGCUUGAACCUAUUAUGACAUUAGUAAUUACGCUCCCUUCAGAUUAUUGUAGCAUGGUGUUAUCUGAUUUGUCAAAACGCCGAGGUAUUAUAUCAGACAUCUCAGAUAAAACACAUUACAAGGAAAUAAAUUGUGAAGCACCACUUUCUGGAUUACUCGGUUAUGCCAAGGAAUUGAGAACGAUGACGUCUGGCACAGCUAAUCUUUCGAUGGAAUUCUCGUGUUACCGCCUUGUGCCGGCUGAUGAGGCAGAAAAGAUAAUCACAGGAACCAAUACAAUCAAAAGUUACAUGUGACAUGUAAUUUCCAGUGAAUAAUUUUGUUCAAUAUGUAAAUAGAUAAUUGUUAUGAAAUUCAAAUAUAAUUGCUAAACGUUUAAAUAAUCUUGAAGCGCUUUUUGUGCAGUGUUUGAAUUGUUGAUCAAUAAGUUUGUUAAAAACAAUUUUUUACUUAAAAAUGCAAGACUUGACA